CUAAGAUUUGCUCUCUUUCUAAAAGAUAAGCUUUAGUUCAACCACAGGUUUUUGGGCUUGGUGUAGGCUUUUUUAAUGAAAUUUGUGGCCUGCGUUAUGCUGAUCCCUUUAGCCUUAAAAAGCUAUGCAUUUAUAAUUCCCUACUAUCUCUCAGGCCUCUAUCAAUCCAGGUAGUAAAAUAUUAACCAAAGUCACAUUAACCUCUUUCUUUCUGAUUCUACUCAAUUGUUCCCACCAAAUCAGCAAGAAAGCACUAAUGGUGAACUUAACUUCUGUGACUAUAGUCCUUUUCAUCGCCAAACUGUUAUAUAUGUUGGGAUGUCUUCUGAGCUUUUUCCACAUAUUUUUUUCAGAACACCUUGUCAAGUUCUGGGAGAACACUUCAUCCAGUUCUCUGGGAUCCAGAAGACAGUAACUGCUCUUUGCAUAUGCUAGCCAGGCCUAAAUGCAAGGGGUUUAGGUACAGGCGGAUACCAUCAUUCCAACUCUUGUCACACCACACACCACCUAUCCUAGAUACCAACUUGCAUGUAAAGAUUAAUUGCUUUGCAGCUUGCAUAAGGCAUGCGUAUCAGUUCAAGGUGUUUCUGACUACAUUGUUUACUAUAAACAUAACCACACUAGUUACUGUCUAUCUCCCUUAUUUACUGUAAACACAGUCCCAAUAGUUAAUUGUUUCAGGAGUUACAUGUUUGGGUUUAUUCAGUAAUUACUCAUGCAUGUCUUGUCUCAAUUUGGGAUUGCUCAUGUCAGCUAAGCCAGUGCAACAAUAAAAGACCCAAUAUGCAUUGUUUUUCAACCCACAAAAGUUCAGAAAAAGACAAUUUCUUCUGGUUACUCUUAAAAUAUUUUUAGGCUACAGGGAAAAAUACAUUUUAAAAUAGCCAAAGCACAAUGCCACCCAUGUGUCCUCUGAGGCAGUAUAGUUCCAUGCUGUCCCACCCAAGGGCUAUCUAUCUAGGAGGCAACAAUUUAGCCCUGAGAGAGAGAUUCUGAACUUUUAAGAAAUGAUGGAGCCCUCUAGAGGUGCAGUGCAGAUGGAUGUUUAAUAUUGAGUAUUUCUGGUUCUAAGCCAUUGAUGCCUUUUAGAUCUGUGAGAGCAAACCUCUCAGUUUAGCAUCUAUCCCUAAUGAAGCCAAUGAUAUUUUCAUAUCUGUUUUUUGUCAAUGAGUUUGUGUUCCCAGGUGCGCUCUCACAUGCCAGAGACCUCUGGAAAAUUGUGUUGUCAUCCUUAAAAAAACACACACACACAUACACAGGCGUAAUUUGUUUUAUUUAUAGUUCAAGUUUGUUAGCACAAGUAUUUCUUUUAUCUUCACCUGUUGAGCACUUCAGACACAAUCAGAUAAAAUGACAAAUGGCUAGUUAACCAAAUACUAGGCAGUCAUGUGAAAUAUGUCACAUGUAACUGUAACGUGAAAUGUACCCUCUUGCAGGACUAUAAAGAGCCAGCGAGAAGCGCAGAAUCCCUCACUUAAGGCACCAUGAAGGCUCUUCUUCUGCUAGUAGCGGUUGGCAUUUGCUGGGCACAAUACAAUCCAAAUACAAAGUCUGGGACGACGUCUAUUGUCCACCUAUUUGAAUGGCGUUGGGCUGACAUUGCUCUUGAAUGUGAACGGUACUUAGCACCCUAUGGAUUUGGAGGAGUUCAGAUAUCACCUCCAAAUGAAAAUAUUAUAGUUACUAAUCCCUCGAGACCCUGGUGGGAAAGGUACCAGCCAAUCAGCUACAAACUGUGCACACGAUCUGGAAAUGAAAAUGAAUUUAAAGACAUGGUGACCAGAUGCAACAAUGUUGGAGUUCGUAUUUAUGUGGAUGCUGUAGUCAACCACAUGUGUGGAUCUGGUGGCGGCUCUGGAAAUGGUGCUACUUGUGGAAGCUAUUUCAACGCAGGGACCAGAGAUUUUCCUGUAGUGCCAUACUCAGCCUCGGACUUUAACGAUGGUAAAUGUAAAACUGGAAGUGGAGAGAUUGAAAAUUACAAUGAUGUGAAUCAGGUCCGUGACUGCCGCCUGGUUGGUCUUCUUGAUCUUGCCCUGGAGAAGGACUAUGUACGCUCGAAAGUUGCUGAAUUCAUGAACAACCUCAUUGAUAUUGGGGUGGCAGGCUUCAGAAUUGAUGCUUCCAAGCACAUGUGGCCUGGUGAUAUGAAGGCAUUUUUAGAUAAACUGAAAAACCUAAAUACUCGAUGGUUUUCCUCAGGAACGAGGCCUUUUAUUUACCAGGAGGUAAUUGACUUGGGUGGAGAGGCAAUUAAAGCCAGUGACUACUUUGGAAAUGGCCGAGUGACUGAAUUCAAAUAUGGUGCGAAAUUGGGAACAGUCAUCCGCAGAUGGGAUGGAGAAAAGAUGGCCUAUUUAAAGAAUUGGGGAGAAGGCUGGGGUUUCAUGGCUUCUAAUAGAGCCCUUGUCUUUGUGGAUAAUCAUGACAACCAAAGAGGACAUGGUGCUGGAGGAGCUUCUAUUCUAACCUUCUGGGAUGCCAGACUAUAUAAAAUGGCAGUUGGUUUCAUGCUUGCUCAUCCUUAUGGAUUCACACGUGUAAUGUCAAGUUACCGCUGGACAAGAAAUUUCCAGAAUGGAAAGGAUGUUAAUGACUGGAUAGGACCACCAAGCAAUGGUGAUGGCUCAACCAAAGCUGUUACAAUCAAUGCAGAUAGCACUUGUGGCAACGGUUGGGUCUGUGAACAUAGGUGGCGUCAAAUAAGGAACAUGGUUAUUUUCCGUAAUGUGGUUGAUGGCCAGCCUUUUUCAAACUGGUGGGACAAUGGCAGCAAUCAAGUGGCUUUUGGACGUGGUAAUAGAGGAUUCAUUGUCUUUAAUAAUGAUGACGGGAGCUUGAAUGUGAAUUUGCAAACUGGCCUUCCUGCUGGCACUUACUGUGAUGUUAUUUCUGGGCAAAAGGAGGGCAACUCCUGUACUGGAACAAAAGUCUAUGUUGGGUCUAAUGGUAUUGCCAAUUUCCAGAUUAGUAACCAGGCUGAAGAUCCUUUCAUUGCAAUUCAUGUUAAUGCUAAAUUAUAAUGUAAACUGGAUGCAUCUCUUCCCUUGGUCAUUCACCUAGUACUUUUUGUUCUGUGUAGCACACAACAAUGAAUGAUCCUUUAAUUAAGAAAUAAAUAGUAGU